AUCUAAAUUGACAAAAAUGUAGGCAUAACAUUUUACAAUUAGGCUGCAUAAAAAUCAUAUAAAAAUAUGUCAUGUUUUUGCGAACAAAAACGGUUACACCACAAAUAAUAUCGAUGUGCGAAAAAUUCGAAGGCAAUCGAUUGUAAGCAUUUAAAUCAAGUCGCAGACCCAUUAAUAUCAGUUUAGCUUUGACGAUGGCUACAACGGCAGCGGUAUCUGAGGGACUUGGUGACCUGGUGUCCCAGUACCUGGAAAAGGGAAUAGUGCUGAUUAUUGCCGACUUGCUCAGUUUAAUAACAGUAUCAUCCUGCCUGGUUAUUAAGGUACCUCAAAUAAACACCAUACGCGAGAACAAAUCCUCAAAAGGUAUUAGUGUGCUUGGAUUAUGUCUGGAACUAUUCAGCUACACGGUGAUGAUGUCCUACAACUAUACAUCGGGCUAUGAUUUUCUCUCGUAUAUGGAAUACCCUGUAUUAUUGCUUCAGGAAUAUGUGCUCAUCUAUUAUGCAUUCAAGUAUCAGGAUCUGCUUGGCAAGCGUACACAGAUCUUUGCUGUCUUCUAUACAACGAUAGCGACGCUUAUAUACCUAAAACUCUUUCCCAUUAUCAUCCUUACGUUCCUAGUGCCUUUCUGCACACCCAUCGGAGCCACGAGUAAAGUACUGCAACUGAUUGCCAUACUGCGUACCAAGGAUGCCAGCUCCGUUAGCCGCACAACAUGGGCACUAUCCGCCUUCACUAACAUGACCCGCAUAUAUACGGUGUACGUGCAAUCCCAUGACGUGAUGCUGCUUUCAAAUUUCCUGAUAUCCACGUUCCUCAGCUCUGCUGUCUUUGUUGCAGCCUGUGUGUACAAGAAGAAAACAAAGACGGCAUAAACUCACUACGAAUAGUGACAGCUCCGAUAUCCACAAUACGGAUCUACAAAAAACACAAAGGACUCGUGAUCACAAUUUUUGUAAUCAGCCAUUUUACUAUUACAUAUUUCAAUUUAUAAAUUUAAGCAAAUAUAUAUGCUUCGAAAAAUCUGAGAUGCUGUUAUAACACUAAUUAAAAUAUGUAUAUAGUAUUUGUUUAUAUACACAUACACUAGACCUUCUUUAAAGAGCUCCAAGUCUAAUACGAAUUGGAAUUUCGGGUGCUCUACCCUUUUUACAUAUUCAAUAAAAUUGAAAGUCAAACAAGAGAAUUUGACCGGAAGAUUCAGAGAGAGAAUUGGUCAUAUUAAACUCAGAUUGAAAAGAAUCUCAUCAGAAAAUGUUAUAGUAAACAAAAAGGAAAAAAAGAAUAAAUUAACAUCUAAAUCUUGAUUUACUUCGAAGUUUAGCAAAUUAGUAAAUCUUUUUUUUUGUAAAAGUUGAUAUAAAUGAAUUUUAAACUUUAGUAACAUCAAAUUUGUUGUUUUGGCUGAAAUAGAAAGUAACCCGAUUUUCUAACACAACAAACAAUAACUCCGAAGACAUUUUGAAUAAUUUGGUAAAGUUUAAUAUCAAUUUGGUUGGUGUCGCACAUUCCUCACAUAGUUAAAUCGUGGGCGAGCCCCAAAUGCUCCAGAUCUGUAUCGAAAUGGUGGAAACUGCGGAUAUGGGGCAAAGUAAGGCCGUGGUGGACGGGGAUUCAUUCCAAAUGGCAACAUCGGGGGAUACAUUGGAUCGUAGUGUUGUCUUGGGGGAUGCGGAUGCGACCAGCCCUGUGAAUACAAUGACUGCAAUUAGCAUGGCAUGGUUUAUAUAAAUCAAUCGAUUUACUAACAUAAGCAUAGUUAUAGUCGGCGGCAGGAACUGGCACAGGAACAGUUAUUAUGCGAGGGGUUCGCGAUCGACUGCGGCUGCGACUUCGCCGGCGACGCGAGAAUGAAGAUGACGAAGUGACCUUUUUGUAGCUGCCACUUCGGCUACGCCUGCGGUCAUAACUUCGGGAGCGUUGUCGUCGUAGUCGGUCUCUGCUUCUAUCAGCAGAACGGGAUCUCGAUCGGCUGCGUUGACUGCGUCCAUACCUCGGAGCUCUUGGUGGCGUUGUGCGUCUUGUUCUUUUGCGCAGGUUCUGCACUCGGUCGCGCUCACGCGCUUCAUCAGCGAAAUAUGGUAUCUUUUUGAGCUGGCGUCUUUCGGAGCCUAAAUGCAAUUACACAUACAUAUAAGAAAGCAUUUCAGUAUUACGCAUUAGGUCAAAGG